UAUAAAUCAAUGAAACAAUCGAUGGUCGCUGGUUUUAAAAACAUUGGUUAAUCUUAUCCACAUCCCGAUCCUUCUCAUUUCUAUAGAAUUUUCAAAGAGCAAAGAAAGUCCUCUUGGUGUUUUAAUAUAGCAAAAGGGCUCUUGGAUUUAUCAAAGUUAAGUUUAUUCACUGUGCAAAAAGGGUUCUGGGGUUUAUCAUAAAUCUUGGUGUAAAUGGCAAAGAAGAAGAAGAAACGAGGAGGAGGGAGUGGAAGGAGAAGUAAAGGGAGAGGUCAACUGAAGGAUCAUUCUUCUGAUAAUGGCGGUGAUAAUGAGCUUCUUUCUGAGGAGAUCACUGCCUUGUGUGCAAUAUUUCAAGAAGAUUGUCUUGUUUCAGGAUCACCUCCUCAAAUCAGUAUUAAGCUCAGGCCUUACUCAAAGGAUAUGGGUUAUGAAGAUCUAGAUGUUUCUGCCUCUCUCUCAGUAAGGUGCUUGCCAGGGUAUCCUUACAAAUGUCCAAAGUUGCAUAUUACUCCCGAGAAAGGUUUGACAAAAAAGGAUGCUGAUAAUCUUCUUUGUCUCCUUCAUGAUCAGGCAAAUUCUAAUGCUCGAGAAGGAAGAGUAAUGAUUUUCAAUCUGGUGGAAGCUGCUCAAGAAUUCCUAUCUGAAAUUGUUCCGGUCUUAAGCUCAGCAAAUGAUAGCAGCGAUCAGUUGUUUAAGGAUAUUGUAGUCUCAGCUGCCAAGAGCUGCUCUAUGAGGGAACCUUUUGUUUAUGGCUUCAUGGAUCUAUUCAGUGGCUCUGGAGAGUCAUGGCACUGGGGUAUUGGAAUGGAUGAGAACAAGGGCAUAGUUUCUUCUGUAAACCCCCACACAUCUGAUGGUUUGAAACUUGGACGUGAGAUUUCAGGGGAAAAUGUUGAUAAGAAUGUGAAGCCAUUGACAGUGCAAGAGAAAAAGCAAAGUCUGUUACCUUUUCCAGCUCCCAAACUAGAGUCUGUUAAAGAAGAGCACAGAGAGUUCAAUAAGAGUAGAUCAUCAACUGAUUCAAAUGGAUCAGCUAUUGAGGAAUCGCUAGACAAUGAUACAGAGAGCAAGAGUGAGGUGAGCUAUGUUUGCAUGUCUUGGAUGUCUUCGACACAUGGAGUUAUAUUUAGGGAAAUGCUAGAAACACCCUCUUCCUCAUUCUCUUACUCUUCCCCUGACUCUAUUUUUAUUCAGGAGAAUAGAACUGAUGAAGAUGAUGGUGGUUUUGAAAGUGAGACUUCAGACUCAUUCUCUUUUGUAUCCUUAGGUCAAGAUCAGCCAUCUCAAAAUGUUGAAAAAGAACUGUUAACGGUUCAUCUUCUACGCCUUGCUUGUGCUUCUAGAGGACCAUUGGCUGAUGCGUUGCCACAAAUAGUCACUGAGCUGUGCAAUCUAGGUAUCUUUUCAGAAGGGGUGCGGGAUUUAGCUUUUAAACCAUCUUCACUCUUUAAAAAAACAUUUGAUCAUGUUUUCCAUCAACACAUGGUUUCAUCCGGAGUGUCUCAAUUUUGGAAACCUACUUUGGAAUUUGGAGAACAAAGUGCAUCUCUCCCAAGCUCUCGCUAUCUCAGUGACUUUGAGGAGUUGCAACCUCUUGGUCAUGGUGGUUUUGGCCGUGUUGUAUUAUGCAAAAAUAAACUAGAUGGAAGGCAGUAUGCUGUGAAAAAAAUUCCCCUAAAGGAUAAAAGUUUGCAAAUUAAUGACCGGAUAUUGAGGGAAGUGGCCACACUUUCCCGUUUGCAGCAUCAGCAUGUUGUCCGUUACUAUCAGGCAUGGUAUGAAACAGGAGUUGUUGGUUCUGAUGUGGACAGCAAUUGGGGUUCAGGAACUGCAGCAAGCUUUACAUUCAGCCGCAAAGCAGGAAGCUCAGCUGAUGUCCUUGGCCUAGAGAAUAAACUCGAGUCAACAUAUUUAUAUAUUCAAAUGGAAUAUUGCCCCAGGACUCUUCGCCAGGUUUUUGAGUCAUAUAGUCAUCUUGACAAAGAAUCAGCAUGGCAUUUGUUUCGACAAAUUGUAGAAGGCCUGGCACACAUACAUGGACAAGGAAUCAUUCAUAGAGAUUUAACUCCCAGUAAUAUCUUUUUUGAUGCUCGGAAUGAUAUUAAAAUUGGGGAUUUUGGUCUCGCCAAAUUCUUGAAGUUGGAGCAAGUGGAUCAGGAUUCUUUUUUUCCGACGGAUGCUACCGGAGUUUCAAUGGAUGGUACUGGCCAAGUUGGUACUUACUUUUACACUGCUCCUGAAAUUGAGCAAGGAUGGCCAAAGAUUGACGAGAAGGCUGACAUGUACAGCUUAGGGGUUGUAUUCUUUGAGCUUUGGCAUCCUUUUGUGACAGCAAUGGAGAGACACAUUGUUUUAUCUGAUUUGAAACAAAAAGGAGAGCUUCCUCCUGCAUGGAUCGCUGAAUUUCCAGAACAGGCAUCCUUGUUACAGCGCUUAAUGUCUCCAAGUCCGUCUGAUCGUCCAUCUGCCACAGAACUAUUACAAAAUGCAUUUCCUCCGCGAAUGGAAUAUGAGUUGUUAGAUAAUAUUCUGCGGAUGAUGCAAUCUUCUGAGGACAGGAGUAUAUAUGACAAAGUUGUUAGUUCAAUAUUUGAUGAAGAGACACUGGGCCUGAAAAACCAUCAUCAGCAUGGUGAUACCUUAAAGGUCACGAGAGAUAAUGCCUUGUCUAUCCAGUACACAGAUGUAGACACUGAACUCCGUGAUUAUGUUGUUGAGGUCACUAGGGAAGUGUUCAGACAGCAUUGUGCGAAGCGUUUGGAGAUAAUGCCUGUGUAUCUGUUGGAUGAGAGUCCACAGUAUAGAAGGAACACUGUCAAACUUUUGACCCAUGGAGGAGAUAUGCUUGAACUUUGUCAUGAGCUACGUCGUCCUUUUGUUUGUUGGGCUAUCGUACACCAGAAGACUUCAUUUAAACGAUAUGAAAUAUCAUCUGUUUAUAGGAGAGCAAUUGGUCAUUCACCACCCAAUCGCUAUCUUCAGGGUGAUUUUGACAUUAUUGGAGGUGCAUCAGCUUUGACAGAGGCAGAGAUUCUCAAGGUGACAGUGGACAUUGUAACCCGGUUCUUUCAUGCAGAGUCAUGUGAUAUUCAUCUCAAUCACGGGAACCUACUGGAUGCAAUUUGGUCCUGGGUUGGAAUCAAGGCUGAGCAUAGACAGAAAGUAGCUGAGCUGCUUUCCUUGAUGGUUUCCUUGAGUCCUCAAUCAUCUAAUCGAAAGCUAAAGUGGAGGGUAAUCAGACGCCAACUUUUGCAGGAACUUAAUUUAGCUGAAGCUGUUGUAAAUAGGUUACAGACUGUUGCUCUUCGGUUCUGUGGAGUUGCAGACCAGGCUCUUCCUCGAUUGAGGGGUGCUUUGCCAGCUGAUAAACCUACACGCAAGGCACUUGAUGAGCUGUCUGACCUCUUUAGCUACUUGAGAGUGUGGAGAAUUGAAAAGCAUGUUUAUAUAGAUGCUCUAAUGCCACCCACAGAGAAUUAUCAUAGAGAUUUGUUCUUUCAGAUUUUCUUAAUGAAGGACAACAAUCAUCGAUCACUUGUUGAAGGUACAUUGCUUGCUGUUGGUGGCCGCUAUGACUAUUUGCUUCAUCAGAUGUGGGAUCGCGAAUAUAUAGGCUAUGCACCUAGAACAACAAAUCCUCCAGGUGCUGUUGGCAUCAGUCUUGCACUGGAGACAAUAAUUCAGCUUUCCCAAGUUGAUUUUAAACAUUACAGAUUUGAAACCAGCACCAGUGUUCUUGUUUGUUCCAGAGGAGGAGGGGGUUUAUUGGUUGAGCGCAUGGAACUAGUUGCUGAACUAUGGGAGGAGAAUAUCAAGGCUCAAUUUGUUCCUGUGCCUGAUCCAAGUCUUACAGAACAGUAUGAAUAUGCAAGUGAGCAUGAUAUAAAAUGUCUUGUCAUCAUAACAGACAUGGGUGUAUCUCAGACAGGUUUUGUUAAGGUACGUCAUCUGGAAGUCAAGAAGGAGAAGGAGGUUCAGAAGGAAGAUCUCGUCAAGUUUCUGUCAGAUGCAAUCUUGACUCAAUUUAGAAAGCCCUACCUCUGGAAUUAGACGAAGUUUACAGUUCUCAUCAGCAUUUCAUCAAUUCGUCACCACGCUAUAAUUGAGGAAGAGUACAGUUGCUUUUGCAAGAAUAACAGAGUUUUGGAUCACAUAAUCUGUUUAUUUGCCCCACCCUCUAUCUCACAGAAAUCAAAAGUAUAGCUUUCAUUUAUAGGAGAUUUUCGUCCAAGGAAAUUUUGCGGUACAAUUUUUGGUGUUUUUGAAGAUGACUUCAUCAACUGAUCUGGUACAUGAUGUAAAUUUUUGUAAAUGUCCAUAGAAAAUUACCAUAGUGAAUUUGGAGGCACUGUAAUUUUUUGUUGAGUUUUCAAAUUUGGUAAGGAUUUUUUUUAGGUAUUUGUUAUCAAAUCUUUUACUAGUGUAAGUUGGAUUCACUGUGACAUUAAAGGUUUAGAAAACUAUUUUUGCUUA